UUGCAAUAAAUUUAAAGCUGCUUUCCUCUCAAACUCAUAAGGAAUCUGAAACACAAGAAAGGGAACAACAGGAAAAAAUAAGUCUUAUAGAUAAACCUGCAAUUUCUAAAAGAGUUGAACAUGAAUCACCUAUUACAUUUGACUUAAAGCAGUUUCACACUCAAAUAAAACACACAGAUGUGAAAUUCCAAGAAUUAGAUAGUAGUCAACCAGAAGAAGCUUAUUUUAAAAUCCAACAUCCUGCUUCCGAAACAGCUGACACUGAGAACAUUGUGUUUGAUCUAAAACAAAUGCAUUCUCAUAUAGGAGAUCCAGCUAUGGAGUUCCAAGGGCAAGAAACUGGGGAACAGCAGGAAAUAUAUUAUAAAGAAAAAAUUCCUAGCCCUGAAACAUUACAACCUGAUACACAGAGUAUCUCUAAAAAUGUGCAAAAUAAUGUAUUUGCCAGUCAAGAAAUUUCUUCCAGUCAGGAGCUUUCGUGUAGAACUAUGGUGGAGAAAAGUAGUAUUGAUGAAAAUUCCAUUUCUUUAGAAAAAGAAGUCCGACAUGUACAGGAACAAAACUUAGACAUUUUAAAAACUGAUCUUUCUCUUAAAUCCUUUUCUGAAGAAAUCUAUAGUGAAUCAUGUGCCCUAUUUCCAACCUCAUCUGCAGAUAUAGAAGAAACUGAUCUUUCUGAGAAAAAUUGUUCUCUAGAAAAUGGAGACAGAAGUUUCAUCUCACAUUUGAAAAAAGCAGUAAGUGAGGAAAAGCCUUUAGAGGUUGGUGAAAUGGAAGAAGAAUGCACUCUAGAACCAGAGUUGGCAUCAUUUCCAAAGCAGGAUGGUGGGGCACAGGAAUAUACAGAUGCCACUUUGGAAGACCACAGAGGUGAUACUCAGGAGGCUGACACACUCCAUAGACAGCUCUCCCUGAGUCAGUGCUUCCCAUUCUUGAUGACUGAAGAAAAACAGAAUCCAGGUGAACAAAUAAUUACAAACAUUGAUGCUUCUGGAGAAGAAAAAUGUUAUGAAGAAGUCCAAAAUGAAACUUCUUUCUCCACUUUAGGAGAAAUGAUAGAAACUAGUUCUUCUCAAAAUAUUCCUAAAUUAGAUGAGGCACAUACUACUGAGGUAGCGGAAUCUGAGACCUCCCUAACACAAUAUUUACUUGCUGCUGGAAAGCAUGAGGUUCCUGAAACUAAAGACACCAGAGACCAGGCAAAGCUUGUCCAGAGUGAAUCAAUCACUUCACUGGAGGUGGAAGAAGUAACUUUCAACACUGUGUACGAAUACUACAACCAGAAACAGGAAUCACUAGGUCGUCCAUUUUCUCCUGAGUCUGACAUUUCCAUUGGUGUGGGAAGUACAACUAGUGAAGAAAUAUCUGAGUUAGAUCAGUUUUAUACCCCACCAUCAUCUGUUGAAUAUUUUGAAUCUCCAAAGUCCCCUGACUUAUAUUUUAAUCCUUCAGAUGUAACUAAACAAUCCUCAAUAUAUUCAGGAGGUGAGACAGUUGAAAGAUAUUCCACACCUUUAGGGGAAGUUACGGAAAGAUAUUCAACACCUUCCGAAGGUGAGAUAGGAGAAAGAUACUCNACACCCCCAGGAGAGACUCUAGAGAGAUACUCCACACCCCCAGGAGAGACUCUAGAGAGAUACUCCACACCCCCAGGAGAGACUCUAGAGAGAUAUUCUAUUCCUACUGGAGGACCAAACCCCACUGGUACUUUUAAAACAUAUCCAUCAAAAAUAGAAAGGGAAGACAGUACACCAAAUGAGCAUUUCUACACACCUACAGAAGAGAGAGGUUCAGCUGACGAAAUAUGGCGUUCCGAUUCAUUUGGCACACCCAAUGAAGCCAUUGAGCCAAAAGACAAUGAAAUGCCUCCAUCUUUUAUUGAACCUCUGACCAAAAGGAAGGUGUAUGAAAACACAACACUAGGCUUCAUUGUUGAAGUUGAAGGUCUUCCAGUUCCUAGUGUGAAGUGGUAUCGAAAUAAAUCUUUACUAGAGCCAGAUGAAAGAAUCAAAAUGGAAAGGGUGGGUAAUGUAUGUUCACUGGAAAUUUCAGACAUUCAAAAAGGAGAAGGGGGAGAGUACAUGUGUCAUGCUGUAAACAUCAUAGGGGAAGCAAAGAGCUUUGCAAAUGUAGACAUAAUGUCCCAAGAAGAAAGAGUGGUGGCACUCCCACCUCCAGUAACACAUCAGCAUGUCAUGGAGUUUGAUUUGGAAAACACCACAUCAUCAAGAACACCUUCUCCUCAAGAAAUUGUCCUGGAAGUUGAAUUAAGUGAAAAAGACGUUAAAGAAUUUGAGAAGCAGGUGAAAAUAGUGACAGUUCCUGAAUUUACUCCUGACCAUAAAAGUAUGAUUGUGAGUCUAGAUGUUCUUCCAUUUAAUUUUGUAGAUCCAAAUGUGGAUUCAAGGGAGGGAGAAAACAAAGAACUAAAAAUUGAUUUAGAAGUAUUUGAAAUGCCUCCUCGCUUUAUAAUGCCUGUUUGUGAUUUUAAAAUUCCAGAAAAUUCAGAUGCUGUGUUCAAAUGUUCAAUCAUAGGCAUCCCUACUCCCGAAGUUAAGUGGUAUAAAGAAUAUAUGUGUAUUGAGCCAGAUAACAUUAAAUAUGUGAUUAGCGAGGAGAAGGGAAGUCACACUCUUAAAAUUAGAAAUGUCUGUCUUUCUGAUAGUGCAACAUACAGGUGCAGAGCUGUGAAUUGUGUAGGAGAGGCUAUCUGUCGUGGAUUCCUCACCUUGGGAGAUUCCGAAAUAUUUGCUAUGAUAGCAAAGAAAAGUAAAGUGACUUUAAGCAGUUUGACAGAAGAAUUGGUCUUAAAGAGCAACUACACAGACAGUUUUUUUGAAUUUCAGGUGGUGGAAGGGCCUCCCAGGUUUAUCAAAGGUAUUUCUGACUGUUACGCACCAAUAGGUACAGCGGCAUAUUUUCAGUGCUUAGUUCGUGGCUCUCCAAGACCCACGGUUUACUGGUACAAAGAUGGGAAAUUGGUCCAAGGAAGAAGGUUCAGUGUUGAGGAAAGUGGCGCAGGGUUCCACAACCUGUUUAUAACAAGCUUAGUAAAGAGUGAUGAAGGAGAGUACAGGUGUGUAGCUACAAACAAAUCAGGAAUGGCUGAGACCUUUGCAGCACUCACCUUAACUUAAAAUGUAAUGUUUUAGUGCCUCAGUAAUUAUUAGAAUUGAUCUGAGUGCUUUCAUAUUUUCCAAAUUGUAUGGAUCUAAUAAACUUCCAAACAGGUCCACUAUAUUUGAAUUCAUUAUCUUGGAGACCGCUGGAGAAAUAAUCUCUGUGUAGAAAUCUCAUCUUUGUAACACAUGUAAAUAUUUUGUUAUCUGAACUGUGGAAUCAUCACUUGAGUCAAUCAUGCUGUGUAACAUCAAACACAAUUAAAUCUCUUCUUGGCUACCUAAUUAUUUGUACUUCUAUUUACCCUCAUGCCUCCUCCACAAAGUGUUUCAGUGGAAUGGACUCUCUUUUAGCAGAUAAACCAUAUAUGCAAAAGUACAAUGUAAACGUGGAGACCAUAUCAGAUGACCACGCAGACAAAUUGGUAAGGGCAAAUCUCCUCUCUGCUCCCAUUCUAAGUUAUUUUUGGAUUUGUAACCCCUUUGCAUCCAAACCCAUGUUUAUUUACUUCGACUUAGAAUAGGCAAAACAAACAAUAAAAACCAGCUUCUCCCAAUUGGCAACUAACUCUAUAAUUUGUUUGCCAUUUCAAUCUUAAUAUAUUAACUUCAUCUCUUUUAAAAAUAUUUUCAUUAUUAAUAUUCCUCUACAUAAGUGCUUUAAUUGUCACUGGCUUCAAGGGACCAAUUGUGCUCUUUGUGCGCAGGAUUCACCUAGACAUUUGCAGAAUAAGCAGAUAAAGAUCUUUCCACUUUU